CAAACGCAUGCGCAGGAUAGCGUCGUAAAAUGUGCGCGGUACAGCCUGGGACGCGAAUACUCCCGCACUAAACAGUACGUGACGUUGGUACGCAGCUGUUAGUGCGCUAGUGUGCGUUUUUUGCACGCGGUGAUUGGCUCGCUGCGGUGUCAAUGAUGUUAGCAUGUUAGCUUGUCAGUGAUGCUAGCGCUUGUGUUUGAACGUAAAGCAGCUCGCCUUGCCGUGCAGAGGGGUUUAUCCAAGGCCUAAACCCGAGCUGUAACGUUACUUUAAUGACGAUGAAAUCCGCAAGAUCUCAGCAGAAACUCUACAUUUAGUCCGCGCUGUUCUGAGCUCGACACGAUGAUUAUAGAUAAUGUGGACGCGCUGAAGUCGUGGCUGGCCAAACUACUCGAGCCGAUAUGUGAUGCGGACCCUUCUGCUUUGGCAAACUACGUUGUUGCUUUGGUGAAAAAAGACAAAUCUGAGAAGGAGCUUCGGGCGUUAUGUGCUGACCAGCUGGACGUCUUCCUGCAGAAAGAAACCACUGACUUUGUGGAGAAACUCUUUGAAUGUCUCACCACCAAAAACUACCUGGGAAAUCCACCUGUUAAAGAACUUCCUAAAGAGGAGACGAAAGCUCAAGCUCCAAAACCUGCUGAAACAGAAGAGAUUCCAGUCGUUCUUCAGGCGGGUCACGUGGAGGAUGAGAAGGAAAGCAGAAGAAGACGAAGUCCACUGAGGAAUCGUUCAGACUUUAAUGAAUCAAGGAAUCGGGACGAGCGGCGGAGAGACGAGCGCAGACGGCGGGAGCCUGAGCGUCACGGGAAGAGCGGCGAGAUGUACCGAGAGAGAGAACGGGAGCGAGAGAGGAACGAGCGGAGGAGAGCGAGCUCACGAGGACGCAGUCGGAGUCGCAGUCGCAGCAGCAGCAGAGGGAAGAGCCGAGACCGAGAACAGAGACGAGAACACAGGUCCAAAUUCGAGCCGGAGCGGAAAGAGCCGGAGCCGUACACGCCGUUAUCCUCAGGUCCCUUAGGCAAACCUCAGCCGCCGCCGCCGCAGCUGCCUCUGCUCCCGCUGCCCCACCCUCGCUCGCCGUUUCCCCCCUCGGGCAGUCCCAGCAUCCCCAGCGCCGUAACGGCUCACCUGCCCGACAGCACCACCGAGAACUGGGCUGCUUACUUUAACCACGGCGAGGGCAAGAGCGGCACGCUGAAACACCGCUGCCGGGAUUACGACGAGAAAGGAUUCUGUGUCCGCGGUGACCUUUGUCCUUUCGACCAUGGCAACGACCCUCUGAUCGUGGACGACGUCGCCCUGCCCACCAUGAUUCCCUUCCCUCCCCCCGGCAUGCCCCCCGCACGCAUGCCCCCUCCCAUGCCCCCCAUGCCUGAGCCCCUCCCCAUCAUGCCCAUGCCGAUACCACCCCAUGGACAGCCCCCGCCUCCAGGCAUCUACCCCAUGGCAGGACCACCUCUAAUCCCAUCCAGUGGGAUAGAGACUCCGCCCCAUGCACGGACGAGCACCUCCUCCCCUCUGGCUCCGCCCGGAGUAAACCCACCUCCACCUCCUCCUCCUCCACCUCCUCCUUCUUCCUCUGCUAUUUCUUCUGCUUCUCUACAUCCUCAGUACACUCUGUCUGAAUACAGCUACGAUCCUGAAGCGUAUAAUCCAGAAUCUCCGGCCAUCACCGGGACGGGCCGAGCACAGUACCGACAGUUUAUUCCUCGCAUUCAGACCCAGAGACCCAACUUGAUCGGUCUCACGUCAGGAGACACACAGAGCUCCCGAGCUGCUAAUAUAGUAAUCCAGACUGAGCCGUCGAUAACCAACACCUCGAGCGGUGAGGUGAGACACGGCAUGGAGCUCGACAGCAGGAAGAGAUCACUGGAGUCUGCAGACGGGCCUCAGGCCAAAAAGCCCUGGACAGACAAGCAAAAUUUCAACAAUCAGCACAAGCCGGCCUUCCCCAAGAAGAACCACUACGUCAACACCAAACUGGAAGUCCGCAGAAUUCCCCGAGAUCUCAACAACAUCACCAAACUAAACGAACAUUUCAGCAAGUUUGGGACCAUCGUGAAUAUCCAGGUGGUGUUUGGUGGCGACCCGGAGGCGGCUCUGAUCCAGUACACGGCCAACGAGGAGGCGCGGAGGGCGAUCUCUAGCACCGAGGCGGUGCUCAAUAACCGCUUUAUUAGAGUGUACUGGCACAGAGAGAACACGACACAGAACCAGGAGCAGAACACCAACCAGAGCACCACCCUCGGCACACAGAUACCCCCUGUCCAUAAGGUCAUUAAUAAGCCACACACACCUGGGUCCUAUGUGCUGAAUAAGAGCUUCCCAAAACAGCAGAGUAGCUCCGGAACCGGACCUCCAGCCAGUCUUGACCCGCUCAGUCCCGCUCCAGAGUCCUCAUCGGCAGUCGCUCCAGCUUCUGCACUACAGAAAGGACUUUACUCACGCACAGCGUUUAAACUCCUCCCAAAGGGUCUGGGGAAAACGGCCAAAGCCCUUGAGGAUCAGGAUGUUCUGAAAAAGAAGCAGGAGGCGCUGAAGCUGCAGCAGGAUAUGAGGAAAAAGAAACGAGAGAUGCUGGAAAAACAGAUAGAGUAUCAAAAAGUGUUAAUAAAUCGUCUAGAGAAGAAUCGUGGAAUGAAACCAGAGGAGCGAGCAAACAUUAUGAAGACCUUGAAGGAGCUCACAGAGAAGAUCUCUCAGCUGAAGAACGAGAUCAGCAAUAGUAACGUCUCCCAGGCCACCGGCAACGCAGCUCAGCCCAAAACCAAAACUGACGCACAGAAAGAGCUGCUGGAUGCAGAGUUGGACUUCCACAAAAAGUUGACCACAGGAGAGGACACUACAGACCUGAAGAGGAGACUGGGUCAGCUGCAGGUUGAGGCGAAACGGUUAGGGCUGUUACCCGGAGGCCGAGCCAAGCUGCUACCGAGCGCGAGUCGAGGCCGGGGCCGAGGCAGAGGGAGGAGUGGAAGAGGCAGAGGAGCUCCCGGCCACAUGGUGGUAGAUCACCGUCCUCGCACCCUCGCCAUCCUGGGAGUCACGCAGGAGGAGAAGGAAGAGCUGAUGCCGCACUUUGUGAAAUUCGGAGAGGUCGAGGAGCUUCGUGACCAGGACGCUACCAGCGUAGUGAUGACCUUCAAAACUCGCAGUGAAGCGGAGAAUGCUGCAAAUCAAGGGGCGAAGUUCAAAGGGCGGAUUCUACAAAUCUCCUGGUACAAACCCAAAACCCCGUCUGUCACCACUGAGCCCGAAGAAGAGGAGUCAAAGGAAGAGAUGAAUGCGGAGUCAGUGAGCCCUUUCUUGCUGCCGGAGGAAGAAGAGGAAGACGAUGAUGAAGAUGAUGAUUAUGAGAGUCGCUCAUGGAGGCGAUGAGACGUUAUUACUCUUUUUCAUUGUGUAAAGUUAAGCCUUUUUAAGAAGCUUAUUUAAGUCCGUAAAUCAUUUUGUUUUCAAAACUGGUUUCCAGUAUUUUUAGAGUUUAAGAGAAGAGGACGACGGUGUGAUGGACAGAUGCUCGGUGAGGGAUGGUCUAGAUGAAUGUGAGGUAUUUAGAAGGAACGUGUUAGUUUUACUCUAAACCCUCAACGUCAUUUACUAAACUCUCACUUUUGCUGAGACAGAAAUGGAAUUAACUUUAAUUGAAUAUUGUUUCACUGUGAUUGAGCUGACAUCAGUAAUACUUCUGUGACUACUGUGAAGAUUUCUGCCCAAAACACACCGGGAGAGGGGGAGAGGGAGAGACAGGGAGAUAAUCCAAUAUAACCCUAACACUUUUAUUGUUAUUCCUCUAUCUUCCAGAUUUGUGGUAUCACUUGAUGUAAAUAUGAUCUCGGUAGGGUGUGUGUGUGUGUGUGUGUGUGUGUGUGAGAGUGAGAGUGAGAGUGAGAGUGAGAGUGAGUGUGUGUGUGAGAGAGAGAGAGAGAACAUGUUCACUUUUGUCUUUCCCUCUGAGUUGUGUUUAUUCAUCUGAAACCAAAAAGAGCUUUGGAUUGCAGUGUAAAAGAUAAUAUUAUUCUUUGCAAAGAAAAUGUAACCGGUGUUUUAAGUGUUAACAAUUUGAUUUGUAUAUCUAUUUUUUUUUUUUUUUUGCCUUACUCUAAUCGCGGACAGCUAACUUUUUACAAGAUUUCUGAUUAUUUUUUUUGUACAUUUUGUAAAUGGUUGCAAUAGUAAUGACUGUUUGCGUGAUUAUUUUAGCCAUUAGAACGAAUGGCACAAAGUUCAGAUCGUUCACUCGCAAGAGUGCUUAGGUUUUUUUUUUGUUUGUUUUUUUAAACUUGUAAAAUAUAAAAUUGCUGCAUAUAGAGAUUAGGAAAUUUAGGUAUUAGAAGUCAAAUCUUCUAUUUUGCUUUUGGAAAGUCUCUCAGAUUUAGGAUUGUCAGUUAAAUUUCAAGACUCAUGAUAAAGAUCUUUAUUGUUUGUUUGCGUAACUGUGCUCCUACACCAUGGUUGUGUAAAACGUUUACUGUAAACUGGAUUUGAACUUUAUUAUUGUUUAUAUAUUUGAGGCUUGAUAGAUGUAUUUUUCUUUUUUUCUGCCUGUAAAAAUGGAUUUCAAACACUCACAGUUACUUAUUAAUAAAGGCAAAGGAAUGGGGGAAAUCAAUCCAAGAAUAAUAAUAAUAAAAAAGUUCAAUUGGCUCAAAUAUGAAUAGUACAACCACUAAAAAAAAAAAAAAAAAAAAAGGAGGAAAAAGAAGAAGAAAAAAGAUUUGAUAAUCCAUUCCAAGAAUAACCUUCUGAAAAUGUUGUCCCGUGUGUUCUUUCAUGCUUUUUAACUGUCACUCUGCUGUUGGUCAGGAUGUGGUGGUGGUGAUGGUGGUGGUGGUGUCUCCAAUCAGGUAGGAGGAACGGGUAGGAGCCACGGGUAGGAGCCAGCCUCUUCAGUCAACAGGUUCUAACAUGCUGAUGUGCUUUUUUGAUUAAAGCCCUGUGGUUCUCUCACUGACACGAGGUUGGGGUUUGGGGUUUAGUCUCAAGCUCAACAUAGUUCUGAGAUUCCUUCAUUCUUACAGCUGCUAAAGAGCUUCAUCAUUGCAGUUGUGGAUAAAAGCCCAAGCAACCUAUCGAAUGCGGGAACUGCACGUAAUCGAGCCGAUUGAACGGAGCGGUAGGAGAGAUGAUGUCCACCACAUGUUGGGGCGACAGGGUCACUAGCGUUCUCAAAGAAUCAAGUGCAUCAACAAUGAAUUGUGUGGUCUGCUUUGGUAUUAGGGAUUGUUCUCAGUUCAUCAUGAGACCAAGUGCUGUAAUGUAGUCGAGGAGGAUGGAUGUGACCCAGAUGGCCUGCUACUUGGUGCAGGUACACAGGAACCCAUCAUCCCAGUAUGGCAGUGCCCUUCUGUUUCUGGCCAUCAGAGGCAACAUGGCUGCCUGCGUGCAUCGUGUGAACACACAGCUGGAGGGUAGGACUGCAAAACCAAACCGAAAUAAAUCUGUGUUCCUGAGCGAUGAAGACAAGACACAUAUGUCUUGUCUUCAUGCUUUAUGUACAAACAUAACAAGAAAGAUUUAAUAAUCAGAUGAGGGCAUUGUCCUUUUGAACUAAUAAAUAUGUGGAGUAAAACCCUCUGCUCUGACCGUGAGCUUAGCAGGUACAAGAGGAAACAGACUUCCUGGAACAGUGAAACCACGUGAUGGAUUUGGAAAUUGGUCAGACGCUGAGGUCUGAAGACUACUGCAGAGUUAAAACUGUAUAUAACUAACUCAGUUUUGUCAUUCGAACACGCUGAACUAAUGAAACCGCUGCUAGUGAAGAAUCCUCUUUCAUUUGACCAUAAAGCAUCCUUCACGUCCUUUGUGGAUGGGUUCUGCCGGGCGUUUCGUGGUGGGCCGCGUCAGACACUGACUGAGAAAUCUAGCAAUCCAAUCUGGU